AUGGACCAAGCUGAGAUACAGCCCAAACCCAGCGCCAGUCGCCAUCUCCUCUCACCUCAGAACCAUCCUCAGAACUCACACAAAUCUGCCAAGGGUUCUUCAAGCUUUCAUGUCGGGAAAGAGCAGUCUCCUGAGCCGUUUGGCGGCGCACCUCCCACACUUAUUCGGGCGGCUUCUAUGCCACCACACACGCCAAAGAGGAAUACUACUCCGUACACUGGCCAAAGUGAAAGUCAGAUACCCAGUCACGAGACUGUGGCGAAGCAAGAAUACGACCGAGAGAUUUCGCGCCGAAAGGAUGUUGAGGCCGAGCUGGAGGCGAAAGAUCGCCGGCUAGCGGAAUCCGAAAUCAAAUUAAAAGAUUCAGAGGCAUCUCUUGUCGCUGUCCGAAAGAAAUGGAAGGAAGCAGCCACCGACCUCGACCAAAUGAAGUCGUCGCAACAAAGAGGCAUUUAUCAUAUGACGGACAGCGAGCUCAAGGAUUCUGUGACGAGGCUCCGGUACAACAUCAGCCGGUUUGCAAUUCAGUACUUUGGUGGCAGGCUGCCAAGAGAAACCAGUGUUGAGAGGACAGUAGACUCCAGGGAUUCUAAGGGAUGGAGAACAUUGUCCAAAUUCAUCGGGGGGCGAGAUAUCACGAUUGCCUAUAUUGAGUCCGACAGACGGCGGUCUUACAUCAUUCAGGCUCUUAUUUGGGACAUAGUCUACUAUGAUAUUUUUGGCGAGGCGCUCUGGGCCGGACAGAAAAGGUCCGCGUUCAAAAGCCUGUCUGAUCACUUCCAAACACCAGAAAGAAAUGAAGGUAGUGACUCUGACAUCGAGGCAUGCCGAAGGUUUUGUCGGUGGAGAGCCGAGACAGCAGCAUUAAUCCUUGAGUCCAUCAACUCGUCCAGGAGUGAACGGGAGAGAUGCAACCAAUCGUUGUCGGAAAAGAUCAACUCUGUUUGCAAUUACGUUUGCAAACACGUGAUGCCGCUCACAAGACAUACCCAAGGCCUCCGUGAGGAGAUCCUCGAUAUCCUCCAAGAAGCUGCAAUGCUCGACGAAUCCAUGAAAAGGCAAGCUGUUCGCUUGGGUUGGACCUUUGCCAAAUCCCAAAAGGCAUUCGAGAGUACUUCAAUGACCUUGGUAAGCGGGGAAUCUUGGGACGCCCAGAUGGAUGGUAUGUGGGUGACCAUUUCCCCCGGGUUGGUUAGACAAGGCAAGUCGACAGGUGAAGAUUUUGAUAUUGAAACAAGACUGCUUUCCACGGAGGUAUCUUGGAUAAGUACUGUCCGGGCGGAAGUUUCAGAGCAGAACGUUCGCCGCAAUCGGACAUACUAA